UGGACGUGGAAGACCACAAAUCCCCUACUUCUAUGUCUAACAGAUCCUCCAACAAGAAAAGAGCAAGAAAUUGCUGCUUCAUCUGCCUCGCUCUCCUUCUCCUUCUAGGGCUUCUCUUACUCAUCUUGGGCUUAACAGUUUUCAAAACCAAAAAGCCUGUCACGACAGUAGAUGCCGUUUCCCUAGAUGAUUUGGAUGUUUCAUUUGACAUCGCUCGACUCCAAGUUCACCUCAAUGUCACCGUUAAAGCCGAUCUCUCUGUCCAAAAUCCCAACCGGGUCAGCUUCAAAUACGACACCACAUCUGCUCUACUCCAGUACAAGGGACAAGUUAUCGGAGAUGCCCCUCUUUUGGCCAGCAAAAUUGGCUCCCGUCAAACGCAUCCAAUGAAUAUUUCCCUCACCGUCAUGGCCGAUCGAUUACUUUCCGACUCCAGUUUGUAUUCCGAUGUUAUGGCCGGUGCGUUACAUCUCACAACUUACGUCAAAUUGUCUGGGGUUGUCCAUCUUCUAUUCAAGAUUCGUGUCAAGACUUCCUCUACCUGCGAUUUGUUCAUCGAUGUUCUUAACAGGAGGCUCCUUAAUCAGACUUGUCAUUAUAAGACGAAGCUGUGAUUUGUUUUAUUUGUUUUCUCUUCUGUAUGUAAGUAUCCUUGUCCCACACUUAGAUUCGAUUCGAUUUCGAUUUCAGAAUACUACUACUAUCAUUUUUAUUAGAUCCCACUUAAUAUAUAUACAAAUAUCUUGUCCUCUAUAUUUGCUUUCUACACUUUCUCUCUACUACAUUUGUGUUUAUCAAAUACAAUUUUGUCGUA